GAGACUCAAAAGUUGAAUCAACACCACUAGUAUUUACACUCCAAGUAUCGAUGUCCAAUCAAAGGCUAAAGGGUAAGGUGGCUUUGAUCACCGGUGCAGCAAGCGGGAUUGGGGAGGCGGCGGCCAAGCUAUUUGCAGAGCACGGGGCUUUUGUGGUUGUUGCUGACGUCAAGGACGAGUUGGGUCAUGAAGUUGUGGCUUCCAUAGGGCAAGAGAGAGCUACGUAUGCACACUGCGACGUCCGAGACGAGAAGCAAGUGGAGGAAACAGUGGCCAUCACCUUGGACAAGUAUGGCAGACUCGACGUGUUGUUCAGUAAUGCCGGGGUCUUAGGACCUUUAAAUGGGAUCCUAGAUCUUGACAUGGCGGCCUUCGACAACAUCAUUGCCGUCAACGUAAGAGGCGUGGCGACCACCAUAAAGCACGCAGCACGAGCUAUGGUGGCCAGGAAGAUAAGGGGCUCCAUCAUUUGCACCGCCAGUGUGGCCGCGUCAGUGGGAGGCUCGGGGCCUCACGCCUACACCACGGCUAAGCACGCGGUGCUGGGUCUCGUCCGAUCGACAUGUAGUGAACUUGGAGCGCACGGGAUUAGGGUCAACUGUGUCUCCCCCUUUGGAGUUGCGACGCCUCUUGUCUGUGAUGCUUUCGAUCUGAAGCCUAGCGUAGUGGAAGCUAAUAGUGCAGCCAUAUCCAACUUGAAGGGGAUUGUAUUGAAGGCUGCCCACAUCGCAGAGGCUGCUCUGUUUCUUGCUUCCGAUGAAUCUGCUUUCAUGAGUGGGCAUGACUUGGUUGUUGAUGGAGGGUUCACCGUCAUUAGCCGCAGUUAUUACCACAACUAAACUCAAUGUUUGAUGCAUUUAACUGUAACUACCUUAGCCAUUACUGCUGCUACUGAUCUCUUUGUAGACUUGAAGAUGGUGGCUGCUGUGGUGGCUGCGGGCCGUUGGCGCUGGUCUCUCUGAGAGAAAGAGAGAAGGGAAGAAGAGGGGGUGGGAAGGAG